CUUAAAAAGGAGCAAGGACGACCUGAGUAUACAGAACAAGAAUUAAUCAAAAAAGAUUUGAUUGCACCCAAUUGGGAGUAGUGUCUCAUAAAACAUGUUAUUCUCAGUGCUCAUCUUCAUUUUCUUCAGUUUCAACCUCAACACUGAACUACUUGAAGCAAAAGGACCGAGCCUUUCUUAUGGAUUCUAUAAAGACUCAUGCCCACAAGUGGAGAACAUUAUUAGAGCUGCUCUUAGCUCCAUUCAUCUCAUGGAUCCUACUUCAGCUCCCUCUUUGUUGCGCCUCCUUUUUCAUGAUUGCCAAGUUCAGGGUUGUGAUGCAUCCAUCCUUCUUGAUUCAACCAACGGCGGCACUCCAGAGAUUAUCUCAAGUAAAAAUUUCGGAGUACGAAAGCUGGAGCAUAUAAAUUACAUAAAAUCAAUGGUAGAAGCAGCAUGCCCUUUGAAAGUAUCAUGUGCUGAUAUUUUAGUAUUGGCUGCGAGAGAAGCCGUGGCAUUGUCAUUAGGCCCUCGUAUACCGGUUCCUUUGGGGCGGCGUGAUUCAGCCGUCGCCCCAAGCAGUAAAGCCGCGGACACAUUAUUACCACCGGUGAGUAUAAAUGUCGAUGGGAUGCUGCAGUUGUUUGCUGGGAAAGGGAUGACAGUUGAAGAAGCAGUUGCCAUUAUGGGUGCUCAUUCAUUAGGUGUCACGCAUUGUGUGAACAUCUUGGAUCGUCUAGCCAGAGUGGACAAAAACAUGUCCCCAGGUUUUGAAGUGUCGCUGAGAUUAAGCUGCCCAUUCGGCUCUUUAACUCCGAAUACUAGCUUCGUACUAAACGAUCCCACUACACUUAUGUUUGAUAACCACUACUAUUGGAGCACACUGAGAGGGCGUGGGGUGCUCAAAAUUGACGCUGAUUUAGCGACUGACCCCAGAACGUUGCCGUUUGUGCAGCGUUUUGCAGCGAAUGAAGGGGAGUUCUUCAGGGCAUUUUCUUCGGCAUUUGUGAAGCUCUCUUCUUAUGGUGUGUUGACAGGGAAACAAGGCAUGAUUAGAAGGAGUUGUAACAGAAUAAGGUAAAUGAUAGGAGGGAUUGAAGUAUUUUGUCAUACUGUACAUGCUCAAAUACAAUAAUUUGGUCGGCAUCAUAUGAAUUUAUUGUGCAAUGUA